UUGUUUGUAGCUCUAAUCUUCCGAAUUUACUCAGUCCACACAUAUAACACCCGUAUUACACUUGGACUUCCCCACCCCCCCCCCCCCCUUCUCUCUCUCUCUCUUGCUCGCUCGCUCGCUCUCUCUCUCAUCUCCGCCCUUCAAGAUUAACAAACAAAAGAAUCGGUUCUGCAGAGAGACAAGGGCGAAGGAUCCCCACGUACACGCUCGAGACGUAGUUUUCGAGCUAUAUCGAUGGAGGAAAAAGUUCUUGAUUACGUAUUAGUUCCUGCAGGCCUUGCUCUAAUGAUGGCAUAUCACUUCUGGCUUCUUCAUCGUGUUAUGAAGCACCCCAACAUGACUGUCAUCGGCAUCAAUGCCGUCAAUCGCCGUUUCUGGGUCCGCGCUAUGAUGGAGGACGUGUCCAAGAAUGGCGUUCUUGCUGUGCAGACACUCAGAAACAACAUAAUGGCAUCGACCCUAUUGGCUUCUACUGCAAUAAUGCUCAGCUCUCUCAUUGCCAUCUUGAUGACAAGCGGUAGCUGGGACAAAUCGACAUUUCUUGUGUUUGGAGACAGAAGCGAGCUUGGCUUCUCCAUAAAGUUCUUCUCCAUAUUGGUCUGCUUCUUGGUUGCUUUCCUAUUCAACGUGCAGUCAAUAAGGUACUACAGCCAUGCAAGCAUCCUCAUCAACGUGCCCUUCAGGAAGAUGUCAUCAGAUGAGCACUAUCAGAAUCUCACAGCCGAGUAUGUAGCCAGGACUGUGAAUAGGGGCAGCUAUUUCUGGUCUUUAGGCUUGCGAGCCUUCUACUUCUCUUUCCCUCUGUUUUUGUGGAUCUUUGGUCCCAUCCCCAUGUUGCUUUCCUGCUUUGUCCUGGUUUUCAUGCUCUAUUUCCUGGAUGUCACCUUUGAAUUAGGGUGGCCUCUUGCUGUUUCUGACAAAGACCACCUCAAGGACGAGGAACUUGGGAUCGGAGCUAGGGAAUAAACUUGACAAUAUUGGUCAUUGACGUGCUGGCAUGGGUCUGUAGUGAAAGAUCUCUAAGCAACCUAGUAUACAAGCUGAGAGGAUAGCAUAGCAUAGCAUAGCUAGUUUAUAGCUAGGAAAUAAAUAAAGAGCAAUCCAAAUUCAACUCAAGUUGAAUGAUAUUGCACAUCCAGCUGUUAUUGCUUGUAUUAGGAUCUUAAAUAAGCGUAUGAUUUUAGCAUGCUUUGUUAAUUUAGUGCCUUUCUUUCAUUUUAUGUUCA